AUGCCCCCGACCGCCCUCAGCGGCUCGACCCAGCACUACCGCGCGUACGGCAAGCGCAAGACCAACGUCAUCAACCGCCGUCAGCCCCUCGGCGCGUGGAACGCGAGCCCAGUCGCUGCGCCCGCGGCCGACGGCACCACCUCCUCGAGCGACGACUCGGAGACGACGACCGACGACAGCUCGAGCGACGACGACGACGAGCCCAGGGUCACGCUCGCCACCCGUACCGAGGCUGCACCCUGUCGGCGCAAACCGGCCAAGCAGCCCGCUUUCGCCGUCGUCGUCGAGUCGCGCCGGUCCUCGAGCACGCGACCUCCUCCCGGCGCGCGCACCACGGCCAGCACGAGCGCGAGCAAGGAGAACGGCCCUGCAGCUGUUUGGACGAGCUCGGUGUCGGGCAAGGUCCAGGGUAAGGCCGUCGAGCUGGUCAAGGGCGGCGCGACGAGCGGCGACGAGGCGGCGAGGCGCAGCCCGCUCGGCGGCGCCAGCAGCAGCAGCAGCAGUCGGCGUCGGCCCGCGCAGAGCGGCAAGAAGGCGGUGUACGGCGCGCGGCGGGCGAGGGCGACGGUCGUCUUGAGCAGCGGCUCGUCGUCCGAGGAGGAGGAGCGGCUCCCGACGCCGCCGGGUGUGCGGCGCACGCCCGUCGUCGUCCAGAGCAGCGGGUCGGCCACGUCGUCGCCGCUCACCUCGCUCCAGGCGACGCCCCAGGCCGUCGUCGUCUUGUCGGACGAGGAGAGCGAGGGCGAGGACGAGCUCGUCGACGACCGUGCGGCGCUCGUGCUCGAGGACGAGGCGUCCUCGUUGAGCGUCGCCGAGUCGAGCGACGCAAACGACCUUGUCGUCGUCGACUCGGCGUCGUCUCGCGCCGCGCCCAGGUCGGCCGGCCGCUUCCCUCCCCAGCUCGCCUCCCUCCGAUCCUCCCUCCUCUCCCCCAACCUCUUCUCCUUCUCGUCCUUCGUCGCCUCUCCUCCUGCACCCUUCUCCGCCACCCGACCCGCUACCGCCGCACCCUGGCGCAAGAUCGGCGAGGCGUCCUACUCGGAGGUGUUCGCCACGACCGACGACGCCGGGCGCGACAUGGUCGUCAAGAUCAUCCCUGUCGCGGCGCCGAGCCGCAGCCGCACGGGCACCCGAGGCGGCAGCGCGCUGAGGAGCGACGUCCCGCUGCCGUUCGUCAGCUCGUGCGACGCGGUGCGGCGCGAGAUCGAGGUGAGCGGCGUGCUCGGCGGGCGGGAGGGCGGCAUCGACGGGUUCGUGCGCUUCAGAGGGGCUUUCCUCGUCCAGGGCUCGUACCCCGACGAGCUCCUCUCGGCGUGGGACGACUUCAAGCGCGCUCAAGGGCCCGCCUGCGACGAGCAGGUCCGACCCGACGUCCUUCCCGAGACGCAGCUCUUUGCGCUCCUCCUCCUCGACAAUGCGGGCAGUGCGCUCGAGACGUUCAAGCUCAAGAGCUGGGUCGAAGCGGCAGGUGUGCUCGGGCAGGUCGUCGAGGCGCUCGGCAAGGCAGAGGAGGAAUGCGGGUUCGAGCAUCGCGACCUUCACUGGGGCAACAUCCUCCUGCAGAGCGUCGCAGCACGUCGCGCACCGGCCUCCUCUCUCUCGCACCGCCUCGCCUCCCUCUCGCUGGGCCAACCCUCCUCGCCUGCCCUCUCCCCGCUCGCCCUCCUCGACCCUACCUCCUGCGGCGUGCGCGCGACCCUGAUCGAUUUUACCCUCUCGCGCUGCUGCGUCUCGACCUCGGCCGACGCCGACCAGGUCGUGUUCGACCCGUUCGAGGACGACGACCUGUUCGAGGGCGAGGGCGAGUACCAGUUCGAGGUGUACCGGCGCAUGAGGGCGCUCGUCGAGCGUGCGCAGGGUGAGCAGGGCGACAAGGCGUGGCGGGCGAGCGAGCCGAGGACGAACGUGCUCUGGCUGCACUACCUCGUCGACAAGCUCCUCCACUCGUCCCGCCUCCGCCUUCCUCCUCCACCUCCCCCUUCCCCCUCUUCCGCCACCCCGAGCUCGCCCCACCGCCAGUCCGGCCCCGCCGCCUCGCCCCGCCGCGCCCCACUCGCCCACCGCCCCGUCACGCGCCGCACCUCGACCGCGUUCGCCCCGUCCUUGUCCUCGCCCGCGCGCGCUCGCGCCCGCGCCAGCGUCGGCGGCGGCGUGGGCCGUCCCGCCGCGUUCGGCUCGCCGCUCAAGCCUCGCGCACGCACGCUCCCGACGCCUACAACGGCGAGCGCGCGAGCUGCGGCGGCGACUGAGGCGCGCGAGCGGGCGGCGCACGACGCGCUCGUGAGGGCCGAGCGGGCGCUCGAGGCGGCGGUCGAGGGGUGGGGGCUUGGGAGCGGGACGGGGACGGGCGGGCGAGGUGCGGCAAAGGGGAGGGGCAGGGCGAGGAAGGUCGUCAAGGUUCCGGCGGGGCGCGACGCUGGGCUGGCGUUCGCGAGCGCGGGCGAGUUUGCGAGGUGGUGGUUCGGCGGGUUCUGAGUACAGCGGUAGCGAGGAGGGAUACCCUGCAUCGUUGAGAUACGUCGAG